AUAAAUAUAUAAUGGGUACUUGAUAGUAAUUUUCUUUGUUAAAAAAAACAUUUUAGGACAUUGAUUUCAAAGACGCCAUGAAGGCAUGAAGGAUUUCGACGGAGAAAGGUCAAGGGUUGGUAUCAGUUUAAAAGAUUGUAAGUCGUUCUCGCAGUUUAAGGAGAGUAUACCGAGCAGGCAUUGUUAUUAGAAGAAGCUAAUAAGGGUAAUUAAAGGAAACAUGAAGGAAUGAAUGAGAGAUGCUGAGAAUUGGCUUCUGUAUCAGUCGAAAUAAAUCAACGUGACAUGGUAAUAUAGAUCAACUGACCAUGAAGGUAGCAGCAUUGUGUAAGAGAAGAUGGAGCUAACACGGCGGUGGCGGUGGUGGUGAAGCUACCAGUGUUCACUUUGCAUGAUAUUUUUUGCCACGUGGUUGUUGUUCUCUAGUUAGCUUACACAUUUUUUUUUUAUAAAGGUCUAGUUAGCUUACACAUAUUGUAACAUAUCUUAUCUAGUUAUCUUAUACUUGUACUCUUCUUCAUCGAAUUAAUAAAAUUCAGAAGUUGACAGAAAAAUGAUUAGUGACAGAAGUAUCUUUUUGGCUGUCACAUUGGAAAAUGGACAUGCUUAAAAUAGAAGUAUUUUCUUUAUUUACUUGAGAUUAUGGGGUUGUCGCAUCUUGUUUGUGAUUUGAUUAGAUACUCUUUCUUCAUCUGGUUUCUCACUUUGAGCAACAAUGGCAGCAAUGAUGAUAGUUGACUUUCAAAACUACUUCAUCUUUAUCCUUCUAUGCCUCUUCUCACUCCUCUGUUACACUCUCUUCUUCAGGAAACAAAAGUACUCACGACUUGGCUUUGAUCUGCCACCGAGCCCUCCUUCUCUACCAAUCAUUGGCCACCUUCACAUCAUCCUCUCUCUUCUAAUCCACAAAUCUUUACAGAAACUCGCAUCUAAGCACGGACCUCUCCUCCAUCUCCGCAUCUUCAGCCUCCCUAUAGUCCUCGUCUCCUCUGCUUCAGUGGCUGACGAGAUCUUCAAAGCUCAAGACGUGAACGUCUCCUCUCGCAGCAGCCUCCCUACUAGCGAGGGCUCCCUCUACUUUGGAUCUUUUGGCUUUGUUACCGCGCCUCAUGGAGAUUACUGGAAAUUUAUGAAGAAGCUCAUCACCACCAAGCUCCUCGGAUCACAGGCACUCGAGAGGUCACGAGGCAUCCGUGCUGAUGAGGCAAAGCUGUUUUACUCUAACCUCCUAGACAAGGCGAUGAAGGAUGAGAGGGUUAAUAUACGUGAAGAAGCGAUGAAACUAACUAACAACAGCAUGUGCAAGAUGCUCACGGGGAGGAUUUGUUUAGAGGAUGCGGAGAGAGUCAGAGGCUUAGUGGCCAGGACAGAUUCCUUGUCGAAGAAACUUCUCUUGGCGUCUGUCUUGCGCAGACCGCUUGAGAAGCUUGGGAUCUCACUUUUUAAAAAGGAGCUAAUGUGUGUUUCCAGCAGGUUCGAUGAGGUACUAGAGAGGUACCUUGUGGAACACGAAAAGAAACAGGAGGAGCAAGCAGAGGCAAUGCUACAUGGAGUAAAGAUCCGCCACUCGGAGCAAGGUGUGGAUGUGAUGGAUGUGUUGAUAGAAGCAUAUAGAGACGAAAACGCAGAGUAUAAGAUCACUAGGAACCAUAUCAAGUCCUUGUUAGUGGAUCUUUUCAUUGCAGGCAGUGAAACUACGUCCAACAUUAUAGAAUGGACCAUGGCCGAGCUGAUAAACAACCCCAAGAGUCUUGAGAAACUGAGAGGAGAAAUCGAUUUGAUUGUAGGGAAAACAAGGUUGAUUCAAGAAACUGAUCUACCAAACCUUCCUUACUUGCAAGCGGUCAUGAAGGAAGGGCUGAGAUUGCACCCACCGGUGCCUCUUGUGGUAAGAACUUUCCAAGAAGAGUGUGAGGUUAAGGGGUUCCACAUACCGGAGAAGACAACACUUGUUGUCAAUGGUUAUGCUGUAAUGAGAGAUCCUGAUGUCUGGGAAGAUCCUGAUGAGUUUAAGCCAGAGAGGUUCUUGGUUUCAUCAACAUCCGGACAACAAGAGGACAAGAUUAGGGAGAAGGUUCCCAAGUACAUUCCUUUCGGAAGUGGAAGGAGAGGUUGUCCUGGAUCAAACCUAGCAUAUCUCUUCCUAGGAAUAGCUGUUGGAGUGAUGGUGCAGUGUUUUGAUUGGAGAAUCAAGGAAGAGAAAGUUAAUAUGGAUGAAGCUGCUGGUGCAGUUUCUUUGAGAAGGGCUCAUCCAGUUCACGCCACUCCUGUUGCUCGAAACCGAGACCUUUUAACUUAACUUGUAGACUUGCUUUCUCUUGCUUUUUUUAAAAAAAUCUGAUGAUUGAACAUGUUUCCCGGUUUGUUGUUUACCAUAGGUUUUGUUAGCCUUAUUCAUUUAUUUGGAUAACAAAAGCUAUCGUUGGUUUUGUUAAUUACCAUCAAAUAAUAAAUCUGUAAGCAGGUUAUUUUGGAGUGUACCUCGUCAAAACCCAUGGCGACUUUCUUCUCCUCG